AUGCCUCUAGUCCUCGAAUUCCUCACUCAGAUCCGCAAUUUCAUCCGCACUCAAAAUGGCGAAGAGCUUCGCGCCUGGCUCCAGGUAGAGCCUAAUUCUCCUCAGCAAUACCACAACCUCGCAUCUGAGCUACGCUCUCAAUUCCGCCAACAAGGCCUUGACAACAUCGUUGAAAGAACGCUACCUCAGGAAGAUGAUGUCCCAGAAGGUCAGGCUACCGUGUGGCCUGGAUUUGUGGCCUUCAUGAAGGAUUACAUGGCCUUUUGGCGCGACGUUGACUAUGAUGAUUUGCUGGGCGCGCAUCAAUUGCUUAGUGGGCUUGUCAACUCUUGCGCAACCGCUUUUGCUCACCCAACCUACGGCGCCAUGCUACUCAAGACGAGCAUGUCCCUCUCAGAGACGCUGGCUCGUCUCACAAUGUCUUUGAACAAACGCCCUGACCUGGCGCGUCGUCUACGUGCUGUAGAUGAGGACAAGAGCAUCGCAGAAUCUUCAGCAGAAAUUAUCCAGAAGAUCUUCACAACAUGCCUCACAGAUCGAUCCAGCGGUCGUUAUGCGAAACCAGAGGGCAAAAAGGUUGGCGUUUACAUGUUUGCCAACCUCGUUCUCAAGCUUCUCUUUGCAUGCCGAAGAACACAUCUCGCCAAAAUGAUCUUUGUCAACAUUUCCACCAUCUCUCCGCCACUAUCUCUCUACCCAGCUGCUCAGCGCGUCACAUUCCUCUACUACCUAGGCCGCUUCAACUUCUCAAACAACCACUACCUCCGGGCUGCGCUGUGCCUCGAGGGAGCAUACCUUCAGACCCCAUCGCAGCUGGCCUCUCACCGGACUAACAUUCUCACCUAUCUUAUUCCCUGCAACAUCCUUCUCGGACGCUUUCCAUCACAAUUAUUGCUGCAGCGCCCAGAAUGUCAGACUCUGGCGCCUGUUUUCUUUCCCAUUUGCCAGGCUAUCAGAUCUGGCAACUUUAUCCAAUUUCAGCAGCAUCUUGCACAACACGAGACAUGGCUCUUUGAGAAGGGCUUGCUGUUAACCCUCGGUAACCGACUACGGCCUCUGCUCUGGCGCUCACUAAGCAGAAAGACUUUCCUCCUCACAUACGUCCCGCCAACCGAUUCAUCAUCCAGAAAAGCCGCCACACUUGACCUUGCAGACCUUCACACACUCGGAGUGUACCUUCAACACCGCCUUGAAGGCUGGCUUCCAGCAGGGCCAAACUCACUUGGUCGUUCCCAUACCGUCAACCCUCUCCUUAUGAAAGCCCUCGAGAACAAUGCUCAAAACCCCGAAGCCACAUCUACACUAGCUCCGCCACCGGGAGGGCCCAAAUCUCUCCGGCCUAAUGAGGGUAUGAUCUGGGGUAACGCAGAGGUCACAUUCGAGGACGUGGAGAUGACUGUCGCAACGCUUGUUCAGCAGGGUUUGAUGCAUGGGUUUAUCGCUCACGGGCAAGGUCGAUUUGCUAUCAUUGGCGCCAAAGCCAAGGGCAGCCCUGUGCUUGCUGGCUGGCCCAACGUCUGGCAAAUAAACCGAGAAAGGAGAUAUGAAGACUACGAUCCUGACGAGGUACCAGGUUGGGUUAAGGAGUAA